AUGGUCAUAGUGAAGGGGAUUAUGAUGAUCACAUGGUUAUUAUUGGUCUCACUGUUCUUCAAGAGCACACAAGAAAAUGGUGAGUGUGGUGCCUUGCAUUGUGGACCUCAGAAUCUGAUGCUUAACAGCUCUGGCCAGAUGAUCCUGUUAACAUGGGAAGACAUGCCUUCAUGCUCUGCAGUAGAGGAUGUGCUGAUUUAUGAGCUGGUGGUUCUCAUAGCAGACAAGCAAGUACAUUAUGAUGAAGUUGCUGUGAGGCCUGACCAGAUAGAAUCUACUCACUCCUGGAACUGGACGUCCUAUUUGGCAUUGGACUGCGCUUCCCAUUCAGUCAGGCUAAGUUCCCGUUACAAAAACCAUACAAGCCCAUGGAAACAAGAACGGACUCUUCCUGGGUUGGAAACCCCAGAAAUGCCAGAGGUUUUUCCAAAGGACAGAGAGUUCAAGGUUGGCAGUACAGUCACCUUCUGCUGUGUUCUGCCUACAAAGGAAGUUUUUAACAAAAUGCAUCUGACUGGGUAUAGUAGCGAUAAUAUGAACGCUAUUAAGAUUGGCAAUCAGAUAUAUGCCUUGACCGUCACCCUGAACCAGGCAUCAAAAGACAGUUGCACUGAUGUUAAAUGUGAAACAAAUACAAAUGAAAAUGGGGCUUGUGCCUACAUUGGCUACCCACCAGAUCUAAGUGAAUUUCAGUGUGAAACCCAAGAUCUGGAAUCGGUCAUAUGUCUAUGGACAGUAGGAAGAGACACAGACCUACCUAUCAAGAGUCCAACAGUUUAUCAGCUGCUUGGAAGUCCAUGUGCAAAGGGUCCAAAGGGGAGAUGCUCUCAAAAAGUGCAAGUAGAUGUUGGUUGUAGAAACUGGACUUUAACAGCGCAUAAUAAGUUUGGGGAGAUGGAGCUUUCAGACACUGCAGACCUGACUAAAAGAGUGCACAUGUUCCCUCCAAAACAAGUGACUGCUUCAACUUUGAAUGCCAGAAAUGUCAGCCUGGAGUGGGGAUGGACGGUGCCACAGUACAAUAAUCUCAACAUAACAUGCCAAAUAAAUAUUAGCAAUGGUGAAAAUACCAUAGUUGAAAACAUUGGAGUUGGUAUUACGUUUUCAGUUUUGAAUGACUUGAUACCAAAUUGGACAUAUAAUGUGACUGUACGAUGUGGAACAACGCAACAUUUCUGGAAAUGGAGUGACUGGAGCACAAGUGUCAACUUUCAAACAAAGGGUGAUGUUCCAGAUGCUCUUGAUGUGUGGAUGCAGAUGAAGGAAAAACUAAUUAUAAUCAUCUGGAAAAUACCAUUCGCCAACCAGAGUCAUGGACACAUCAGAGACUAUGAAGUGGCCUGGACAAAGACCGCAGAAAGAGAACAACAAAAUAGAGCCAAAGUGACUCCCAACAACAACAGUCUUGCUCUGAGUCUGGACACCUCUGAAGAGUAUAUGGUCACAGUUACAGCAAGGAAUAUAAACGGCAGCUCAUUCCCAUCAACCAUCACCAUCCCAAGCCUCAACCCAGACAUAAAUAGAGUGAACACUUCUUGGUUCAUUGGCAGCGUUGGUGGCUUCAACCUUUCCUGGUCUGCCAGUCCCAAAGCCAGCUGUGGCUACAUAGUCGACUGGUGUCCUACCCUAGGACAAUGCAUUGUGGAGUGGAAGAAAGUGCAUCCCAAUGAGACUCAAACCAGUAUAUUUUCAAAAAACUUCAAAGAAGGACUGCGAUACUCAUUGUCAGUAUAUACCUGCACCCAGGGACCUCCAGUGCUACAAGAGAGAAGAGAGGGAUAUGUCAGCGAGAAAAGAAUACAAGACGGCCUGUUUAAAUCGUUGAAGGGGAAACAGCACAAUUCAGAUUUUGAAGUAUCCUGGGACCCUAUAUCUCUAAGAGAGCAGACUGCUUUUAUCCAUGGCUAUGUCCUGUAUUGUUUGGACAAUAACAAUGUAAUCAUCAAUUUCAGCACAGACGAUCCUGAAGCCACGAGCCUGACGGCAAGAAACCUUAAAAUCAGUUCCUACACAUUCACAGUGAAGGCACUGACAUCAGUUGGAGAAUGUGGUGCAGCACUUAUUACUGUUACCUUGAAUUCACUGACUGAUUACUUGAUCAAGGCAGUCUUCAUUUCCCUGGCCAUUGUUUUUGGUCUCCUUUCCCUCAUUACUACCCUUUGCUACAGACACUGGACAAGUAUCAAACAGAGGGUCUAUCCUCCAAUCCCAAAGCCAGUGCUGAUGUCCCCGGGUGGUCAUAGAUGUCUUCCUCUUCACAUGGAACAGUGUCAUCACAGUGAAGCAGAUUUUGUGGAUGUUCUGGAGCUGCAUUGUAGUGCAGGAGGACCAAUGAACGAAUAUGCCAGCCCGGAGAACAUGCCAUUUGUUUUCGCACAAACUCCAAAGGUUUACCAAAUCCAGCGCCUGAAAAAGUGCACCCCUCAACGCCUCACUUUACUCACUACAGCCAUUCCAUCUCAGUCAAGGUUACAAUCUUCGUCAUUCAGAAGUGUAUUAUCUAACUCGUCAUACAACCUGAUAAUUCAGCCUGGGGAUACGGAGUCCAACUCAGGUCCUGAGCUUCAGGAAGGAUCAUCCUUAGAGAGAUGCUGCGGUGGAUUCCAGCCUCAGAUUCACACAGAAAUAUUCACUGAAAACCAGAGAGAAGAGGAUGCAGAGAGCCCUAUGUCCUGUGUCUCUACUUACAUUUGGUUUGACAGUCAACGUCCAGACAGCUGCUGCAUGCAGAGCCUGUAAGGAAUGUUAUGAGUAGGGUAGCAAUAAAAAAAAAAUGUAACAUGAAUUUAGUGAAACAUUUUACAAGGUUAUUUUUAGCAUAGUUUUGACAUUUAACCAAGCGCUAUCAUCAGGUCAAAAUUUUAAUUUGUCCAAUACUUUUUAUAUAAGUUCUGAGUGCCUUCCUGUUCACAAAACAGAAUAUGAAACUUGAUUUUUAAAUUUCAUUCGGAGCUCUAUUAUCUUACACAUUCAAAACAUUUAAGCAUAUUGAAAUUUCCAUACAAUUCAACACAAUUGUUAACACACAUAUCAAGUACAUACACUCACUCACACACACCCACACAUUCAUGAGGUCGACAUUCAACUUCUAAAUCAACAUUUAAAUGCGGCGCAUGCUCUUUUUUUACAUGUCAUAGCGCUGUUAAAUCCAAAUUUAUUUGAAAAAGAUUGAUACGAACAUUUUGGGAAAUUAUACAUCAUUUCCCAAAAUGUCGGUUUCUUACCUAAACCUAGCUUUAUGUUCUUAUCUUAAGCCAAACCAUGAUGUUUUUCCUAAACCUAAUAAAGUUGUUUUGUAGCCUCAACCUAACUUUUGUUUCUGAAGCAUAUUGUUGUUCCGACUGACAGAAAAAGAAAAGAUAAACCAAAAGAUACAAUUUUGUGACUAUUUCACAAACUGCUGUGAGACUGUGUUAGCCCUUCAGAUGUUAGUAGACUGUUGGAGUUACUUCUCUAAGCAAUCUACAUGUUAAGUAUCUAAAAGAAAAACACGUUCUCUUAUCAUCCACUAUGACGUCGGAGGGUUUACAUUGGAGAUAGUUGACAGCCCUGUCUUGCAUACAGCCGCUAAAGGGGGCCUUCAUUGUGACAAUUUGAUGUUCUUUGUAUUCAUUUUAAUAUUUGGUUAGGGGUGCCAGCCAGGUCUUUUUCCUGGAAUUUAAGAUUGGUCAGUCACAUUUUCUUUUUUGAGUUUGAGUCAAACCUUACAAAAGGAAUGCACACAAAUCGAAAUAUGCACCCUAAACAUUAAAUAACCAUAAUAACCAACCAGAAGAACAAAAACAGAACCAUAAUAGUCAUAUCUUUAAGACUUCACAAAAAAACAUAUUCCACAAUUCAUAAACAAUUUUCCAACUCAAAAUUCCACUAUGGUUUUCCGUUACACUUUUGUUUAGAUUUCUGUCCAAGUAAAUUCGGACAAAAAUAAGGUUUUCCUUGUUAAAAAGCAGAGUACAAUUGUGUUCUCAAAAUAAAAAAUAACUCACAGAAUAGGUCAGUCAGUCUGUAAAUCCAGUCUGGGUUUUACUGCUGGUUUUGGGAUGAACGUCUGGCUUCCCUAUACAGCGGAGUAGAGUAUAUAUUGAGCGAUACAGAAAAAUUAAGUUGAGUUUGAUUGUCAGUGGCGGAUCUAUAAACAGAUUGGAAGGGAUUAAACAACCUUACUUUGUUUUUACUACUUGUAUGAGUGUGCUGCUCUGACAAAUCACGCUCCUGCUCUCUUUUCUCCUCUUUUGAAUUAAACUUAAUUAAAGAUAAGGGAAACAAAAUUGAAUGGUGGUGCGAGUUGGGAAUGAAUCAGUUAGUAGAUAGGUGUUUUUGGGGGGUGUACACACGUGAUGGCGCAAUAGGGAGUCAAUUUAGGACUGGCAGACCGUGGGGCUAGCUAUACACUGGCAGAA